AUGACAUACGCGUUUGAUCUUCGCCUGACUUAUUUUAUAUGUAUUUUACUUAACGGAGUACUGGCACCGAUCACCACCUUGGCAAACUUGAUCUUGGUCACCUUAAUAUGGAGAAAUAACCAUCUCCAAUCUCCAUCGAAUCUGUUGGUGGGAGCACUCGCGCUCUCGGAUCUUGGCGUUGGGUGUUUUGUGCAGCCUCUAUACAUCGCAUACAAGGUCGCAGAGAUGCAAAGACUUGAGGCGUACUGUUUGCUAGCUGAAGUGUUUAACCUCAUUGCGACGGAGUUAACGUGCGUCUCGUUUUUAAUCAUGACCGCCUUGAGCGUGGACCGCUGGUUGGCGAUAACACUUCACCUGAGAUAUAGCACGAUAGUUACACGAAAGCUCGUUCUCGUGGUUGUAAUUGUGUGUUGGGUAAUAUCUCUCGUUCUGCCUGUUGGUUGGUGGUGGAACUUCGACAUCUACAACACCGGGAUAAGUGUGAUAAUCGGUUUGUGCUCUCUGUGCACGCUAGUCCUGUACUACAAGAUCUACCGAGUCGUUCGUCGACAUCAAACCGCCAUCGCCGAGGCACAAACCGCCGUAUCCCGCGAGGUAAACGUUACCGCGUUUCGUCGGCGUUAUAUAAGCAUGAUCUACCUAUACAGCCUGUUUCUACUGUGUUACUUGCCAAGUGCAUGGAUUUCCAUAGCCAAUCUCACCCUUGGGACACCUACCUUCCUCACCUAUAAAACCACACAGUACGGACUGACCUUAGCGUUCAUGAACUCGUCUAUCAACCCUUUAUUGCUGACUUGGAAGAUAGUGGAGGUCAGACAGGCUUUCAGGCAGAGACUCGCUCGUCUGUGUGGGACCCAGGAGCAGAGCUCUUAGGGGAAACAGGACCCUUUGAAAAG